GCAACUCAUAUAUUGUUGAUGACAUAAGUCUUUUUGUUGAUGACAUCCAAAAACGUAUUGAUGACAUUGACAAAGCAGUGACAACAAUUGGAACGAAUCGGAAGCACCUUUCCCCCGUGAAGAAGAAGUCUUGGCCGAUUCAUUUUUCUAUGGUUUUGGGAACACUUAUUGAGGUGUUUCACGGCGACCCCCAGACGGCCAUUGCGGCCUUGGACACUCUUCCACUGCUGCUUAAGCCAGGAAAAUCCAGUGUAAAGAACGUGUUGCAAAAAACCAAACCGCACGAGAGAGUCAUACAGAUGGUCUCAACUGGAAUGGUUGCAUACCUGACUGCCUUGGGAGAUACAGUAGGCGAGGACAUAGAAGAUCGUGCCAAAUCUGCUUUCACAGCUCUUGGAUUGUCACUAAAGUACUUGGACAGAAGUAUGUUCGGUAUGGCGAGAUGUUUGCUGUUUUCACAAAGUCCAGUAAUCAGACAAGGUGCCAUGACCCUGUGGAAAGAUGCCAAUGAUGAAACAACUGAAAGUUUAAUGGUGUCAGAAGUUCUGAAACACCUACAGCCAAUCAGCAUCAACCUCCGGCACAAACAAACAACGGACCAUUCCACCAGCAGUACCAAGUGGAAAUUAGCUUCUACUCGAAUUGGUACAGACAAAAUCAUGAUUCACGUCAAUUUACCAUCAGAGAAACGAAGCAAGAAUAGUCUGUCGGAAUGUGGUCAUCUCACAACAGUCGAGAUUCUGAGAGCUCUGUCAACACACCCGCAUAUCCUGUCUAUGUGGGCAUACAGAAUCGACCAGUUCCCUGUGUUCUACAUCACUGAUGAUUACAGUCAACACAACUUCCAGGAGGUGCUUUAUUAUAGUGCCAAGGACGAGGCAUGGUUUCAACCUCUUGAGCUCAUGCAGUUUCUUAUACAAGCUCUGGAAGCAGUUAUCGCCCUUCAUGAACAUGGCGUUAUACAAAGAGAUCUUACAGCUGCCAGUUUUGCAUACGACAAACAAAGCAAGUCAAUCAAGCUAUGCCGCUUCAUGUUGGCGCGAAAAUGUGGACGAGAAGAAACUGUUGUCGACAGAGAAUGUUUGUCCAUUCCCAUGAGAUGGUCUGCCCCAGAGUCUCUCAAGCGACAUCACUUCUCUAUGCGGUCUGAUUACUGGAUGGUUGGACAUCUCAUCUAUGAAGUCAUCACACACGGCUGCCUUCCCUACUCAGAUCUCGAAGGGCAAAAUGAAUACACCAUUGAAAAACUG